GCUCUCUUUUUUCUCACGUCUUCUCUUUAAACGAAAGCCCAGACAGAUCAGAUCUUGUUCUUCAUUUUCCGCUCUCAGAUUGGGAUUACCGCCGAGUCCAUGAGCACGCCAGUAAUUUCGGGGGGAACGAACCCCUUCUCUGGCUUCAGUCGGUUAUGCAAAGGCCUUGCGGUUGUGCUGGUUGGUACUCACAUUACCGUUCAAUUUUUCCCUUCAGCUGUUACCUAUCUUGCCCUUAUUCCCGCUAGGACAAUCCCAUUUGCCUGGAAUCUCAUUACAGCUGGUUAUGUUGAACAAUCUGUAUACGGGGUAGUGGUCAGCACUUUCAGUCUUUUGUUUAUUGGGAAGCUGCUUGAACCAAUAUGGGGUUCCAGGGAAUUCUUUAAGUUCAUCUUUGUGGUUAAUUUUCUAACUUCAGUCUGUGUAUUCAUCACUGCUAUUGCCUUAUACUACAUUACAAGGCUGGAGAAUUACCUUUACAUGCCACUUUCUGGAUUUCAUGGAGUUAUAUGUGGUUUCUUGGUUGGCGUAAAGCAAAUUAUACCAGAUCAAGAACUUCCUUUCAUCAAAAUAAAAACAAUGUGGUUGCCAUCUAUCACUUUAUUGCUUGCCAUUGCUAUUAGCUUUUGGACACUAGUGGCUACAACAUAUCUUCCAACCAUUAUAUCUGGCACAUAUAUAAGCUGGAUUUACCUUAGAUACUGGCAAAGGAAACCAGAAACAAAACUUAGGGGUGACCCAAGUGAGGAUUUUGCUUUCUCCACAUUUUUCCCAGAAUUCUUAAGACCGGGAAUAGACCCUAUUGCAUCAAUAUUUCACCGGAUGUUCUGUGGAAGAUCUGAUGCUUCUAAUGAUGGUCAAGAUUACACUCUGGAAAGUGAGCCUUUACCAGGUUCAGACUCAAUUGAGGCAUCUAGGAGACGAGAAAGAGGUGCUCGAGCGCUGGAAGAAAGGUUGGCUGCGGAGAGGUUGGCUGCUACACGGAGUGCACGGGAAUCACAAAAGGAUGCUGCGGAAAAUGUAUGAUUCCCCAGCUUUUGUAAAUUCGGCUCAGUUCAGCCAGUAUGAAACUAUUAGGAAUGACAUUUGCAAGGGUCGUGCAGUGAUCAGAAAAUUUUGUCUUGGUCAAGGAAGAUUAAUUUUAAUGUGCAUUUUGCCUUGGACUGUGAUCCUUACAAAACCAAAGCUUUCUCUUUCUUUUGUCAUAUAAAUAUAAUUGAUUUGCCUGUGUACU